AUGUAUGCAUAUAUUCAUAGGCCUAGGCUUGGACUGAUGAUAAAUUGGGUUCGAUACGUCACUUGUGAUUCUGCAGAUAAUCACACUUCUGGGAGUGUCUCUCAGCAAAAUCUGAACCUGACUCUAAGCUCACUGGCUUUAAAUGCUUCCCGAACAGGCUUUUUCAUGACUACUGUGGGUCAGAACGUUAAUACUACUGUUUACGGACUCAUACAGUGCAGAGGUGAUAUUUCAAAGGAAAUUUGUCAAGCUUGUGCAAAUAAUGUUACUAAAGAGAUCGUCCAAUUCUGUCCUAAUAAGAAGCAGGCUUCCAUAGGUUAUGAUUAUUGUUCACUACACUAUUCUGAUAGGAGCUUCUUCACUACUGUUAAUAGCUACAUAAGACUUCAUAGAUACAAUCCGGCAAACAUAACAGACUCCGUGGUUUUUAACAGGCAGUUGCAAAAUUUGGUUAACCCUCUAUCAUCUAAUGCUGCAUCUAUUCCUUCCAAGUUUGCUACCGGGAGCAUCAAUUCUACAGAUUAUACGUAUAUAUUUGCUAUGCUGCAGUGCACAAGGGACUUAUCAGACAGUAGCUGUUCGGGUUGCCUUCAAGAUGUCAUCCGUUUUAUUCCUCAGAUCUGUGGUGGAAAAAAUGGUUGUAGAUUAUUCUCUAUAAGUUGCAAUCUCCGGUUUGAAGUAUAUCCAUUCUAUGCAUUGUCACCACCGCCUCCUACUUCUGCAAAUCCACCUGCUAUUACGCUGCAGCCGAAUUCAACUAGUAGCGAAGAGAAGAGGAGCACUUCAAGAGCCAUUAUUAGUUUUGUGAUCAUAUCUGUGGCUGUAGCUGCUGCGUUGGCAGUGACAUCAUUACUCUGUGGUUGCUUCUUUUGGAGAAAGGCCAAGAAAAAUAGGGUUGAUGUUACUUCGGAAGAUGGAGAUAAAAACAUGGAAUCACUUUUGAUGGGAAUAGACACACUUAAAGCCGCGACAAGAAACUUUUCAGAUGAAUAUAAACUUGGACAUUGUGGUCCUGAAGAGCUGAAAACAGAGGUGAUAUUGGUGGCUAAACUGCUGCAUCGGAACCUGGUUAGCCUGUUGGGCUUCUGCUUGGAGGAGGAAGAGAAGCUGCUUGUCUAUGAAUUCCUCCCCAACGGGAGCUUGGACAAAAUUUUAUUUGAUGAAAGGAAACGGUUUAGCCUGGAAUGGGAAAUAAGGUACAAAAUCAUUGUUGGGAUUGCACGAGGGUUACUUUACUUACAUGAAGACUCACAGCUCAGAAUUAUUCAUAGGGAUUUAAAAGCUAGCAAUAUUCUAUUAGAUGAACACAUGAAUCCCAAAAUUUUAGAUUUUGGUUUGGCAAAACUAUUUGGUGAAAGCUAGACACAAGGCAACACAAAUCGGAUUGCUGGGACAUACGGGUACAUGGCACCGGAGUAUGCUAAGCAUGGACACUUUUCAACCAAAUCCGAUGUCUAUAGUUAUGGCGUUCUAAUUUUGGAAAUCAUAGCUGGUAGAAAGAAUUCAAGUUUCUGGAAUACAUUAAAUCUUCCGAGUUAUGCAUGGCAACAAUGGACCAAUGGAACUGCUACUGAGCUGUUGGAUCCGGUGCUGGGUGAUCAAUGGCCAAGAUGUGUAGUAUUGAAAUGCAUCCACAUUGGAUUAUUAUGUGUUCAAGAAGCCGCUGCUGAUCGACCUACUAUGACUGAGAUUGUGACGAUGUUUAGUAGUUACACUAUAACCUCACCAGUACCCUCCAGACCAGAAUUUUUUAUUUCUAGGGGAAGUUCUGAAUCAGAUAUGGGGAUGGAGGAUUGUAGACCAUCUCAAUCAAAGAGAUCAAAUCCUGACUUAUCUCAACAAUCUGUCAAUGAGGUGACAAUGACUGAUUUAGAUCCUCGAUAG